AUAGUAUACUUUCGAUUGAGAGAAAACGGUGAAGAGAAAAAUGAGUAAGUUGUGCAUUUUGGUGGUUUUGGCUAUUGCUGUAGUUGCAACAAGUACAAGAAAUGUGCCUGCUGGAGAGGAUGGUUUGACGGACGAGAAGACCUUUGGUGGGCUUCCUGGUUUUCCAGGAAUUGGCAACAGUGGCUUUCCUUUCGGUGGUAGUGGUAACGCUGGUGGUGGCGGACUUGGCGGACUAGGCGGUGAUGGACUAGGAGGUAUUGGAGGUGGUGGUGGCUUAGGCGGAACAGGAGGUGGUGGUGGACUCGGUAAUGCUGGUGGACUCGGUGGAAAUGGAGGUGAUGGAUUCCGAGGAAUAGGAGGUGGUGCUGGUGGACGAAGUGGAACAGUAGGUGGUGGACGAGGUGAUGCUGGUGGCCUCGGUGGAAAUGGAGGUGAUGGACUCGGAGGAUUCAACGGACUAGGCGGUGGUGGACUGGGCGGACUAGGUGGAUUUGGUGGACCCAGCGGUGGCGGACUUGGAGGUUCUGGUGAUAGUGCCAUUCCUCAUCCAUGAAUAACAAGUUAAUUACUAUAUAUGGAAUAUACUAUAUUUUACUUAUUUUUAAGAUAAUAAAAGUUAAUUACAGUGGGUUUAUUGUUAUCUCAAAAUUGUCUAAUUUUAGUGUUUUAUUAAGGUUAUAUUUUCACCUACAGAAAGAGUGUUAGCUAGUACUAGUUUGUUUUGUUAUGGUGUGUUCUUCUUUCUCAUGUAAUAUGUAAGGGAUAUACAUUUCAUAAUCUACAAGUUUAUUAGUUA